AUGGCAGCUUUUCACCACCACCAUCAUCACCACCAUCCGAGCGCGGACCUGCGGCGGCUCUUCCAUCGGCUCACCAUCGCGUCCUCUCUGAGCAUCCUGUGCUUCUCCUUGGUUUAUCUCCUCACCGGAUGCUGCGAGUCGGAGCUAAUAGAAAAGUCGGAAAUCAAGCCACCCACACAUGAAUUCCUUGUGUCAGGGUCAGGAUGGCCGUACGAGAGAAACGGAUCCAGUGUGCCCAAGGAGUUUACAGUCGCGGUUGGCGAAGGCGGUUAUUCCAGGCUGGAGGCGAACAGCUCGGCGAAAGACUGGACAGCCACUCGGAGGUUACCCCAGGCUCUGAUCAUAGGGGUUAAAAAGGGAGGCACCAGGGCUCUGCUGGAGUUUCUCCGACUCCACCCAGACAUCCGUGCCCUGGGCUCAGAGCCGCACUUCUUCGACCGGCAUUACGCACGGGGACUGGAGUGGUACAGAAGUAUGAUGCCCAAAGCCCUAGAUGGCCAGAUUGUGAUGGAAAAGACACCUCGUUAUUUUGUUGCUGUGGAAACACCAGCCCGAGUCCAUGCUAUGUCGCAGGAUGUCAAGCUGAUUGUGGUUGUCCGUGACCCUGUUACCAGAGCCAUAUCUGACUACACACAGAUCAUCUCCAAGACCCCAGACAUCCCUCCCUUUGAGAGCCUGGCCUUCAAGAAUCGCACCACAGGUCAGAUCGACUCUCUGUGGAGCCCGCUGUGGAUUGGCCUGUAUGCCCAGCACCUGGAGCGCUGGCUGGCAUGGUUCCCCAGGACACAGAUCCAUCUGGUCAGUGGGGAGAGGCUCAUAUCUGACCCGGCAGGAGAACUUGGUAAAGUCCAGGACUUUCUGGGGCUCCAGAGGAUUAUCACAGACAAGCACUUCUACUUCAACAAAACAAAAGGCUUCCCCUGCCUGAAGAAGCCGGAGGGCAGCAGUAAACCCCACUGCCUGGGGAAGACAAAAGGGAGAACGCAUGUCUCCAUCGACCCCGAGGUGAUGCAGAGACUGAGGGAUUUCUACAAGUCACAUAACCAGCGCUUCUAUCAGAUGGUGGGCCAGGACUUUGGAUGGCAGUGACCCUUUGACUGUGUGGAAAUUUUUGUUGGCAUUACACUGCUUUGGGUCAAAGCCUGAGUAGAUCUCCCAUUUAACUGAAACAGAUGGAGAGCAAAACAUGGACAGACUCACUUAUCUGCCUCUGACCGGUAGAGGGACAUCUCAGAGACUUAGUAAUAAAAACCCAGUGUCAGAUCCUUCACCCCUAUUAAUCAAUAACCUUGUUCUAGUGUUUGAAAGACAGCAGCGUCAUUUUAUUCAUCAUAACUGUUCAGUAAAUGAUGUGCUUUUGUGGUAUUAAUUAUGGGUGUCCCCUCGCACUUUUCUUCUUUGGAAGGCUUACUUAUGCCUUUGC